GCCGGGGCCGCACAGCCAGGCGAGCGGCGGGGCCGCGCUGGGCCGGGCAGGGCCUGGCGGGACUCGGGGCGCGGUGCGGCGCCAUGCGGGGGGCCCGGGCCGCCCCCCUCCGGCCGCGGCCGAAGCUGGUGCUGCUGCCUCUGCUGUUGCUGCUGGGCCACCGGACGCGGUCCCAGGACAGCCCUGGGCCACUGCAGUGCUAUGGAGUUGGACCCUUGGGCGACCUGAACUGCUCGUGGGAAGCUCUUGGGGACCUGGGAGCUCCCUCCACGCUGAACCUCCAGAGCCAGAAGUACCAUUCCAACAGAACGUGGACUGUGGCAGUGCCCACCGGACAGAGCUGGGUGACCGUCCCCCGGGAGCAGCUUACCAUGUCCGAUGAACUGCUUGUGUGGGGUACCAAGGCAGGCCAGCCUCUCUGGCCCCCAGUCUUCGUGAACCUGGAAACCCGAAUGAAGCCAGAUGCCCCCCGGCUGUACCCUGACGUGGACUUUUCAGAGGAUGAGCCCCUGGAGGCCACUGUCCAUUGGGCCCCACCUGUGUGGCCACCCCAUAAGGUCUUGGUCUGCCAGUUCUACUAUCAAAGAUGCCAGGGGACAGCCUGGACCCUGCUGGAACCAGAAGUGAAGUCCAUGCCCCUGGCCCCUGCUGAGAUCCAGAACCUGGAGCUGGCCACUGGCUAUGAGGUGCGUGGCCGCUGCCGAAUGGAGAAAGAAGAGGAUCUGUGGAGCGAGUGGAGCCCCGUUUUGUCCUUCCAGACACUGCCGUCCGCUCCAAAAGAUAUAUGGAUAUCUGGGAACCUCUGUGGGACACCAGGCAGACAGGAACCCCUGCUUCUGUGGAAGGACCGGGGGCACUGCGUGCAGAUGAGCUAUAAAGUCUGGUUCCGGGCUGAAGACCAGGAGCUGAUCCAGAAGACGGCUCCCUGCUGCAGCUCCUUCAUCCCCACCCAGGCCGAGUGGGUCGGGGUGUCUGCCGUCAAUGCCACGAGCUGGGAGCCUCUCACCAACCUUUCUUUGGCCUGCUUGGGUACCGACGUCACCCCCCAUGGCGUGGUGGUCAGCAACGUUGCCGGCAGCACAGAGCUGCUGGUGACUUGGCAGCGGGGGUCUGGGGAGUUGCAGGAGCAUGUGGUGGACUGGGCUCGAGACGGGGAUCCCCUGGAGGACCUCAACUGGAUCCGGCUUCCCCCUGAGAACCUCAGUGUUCUGUUGCCAGGGAAUUUUGAAGGAGGAGUCCCCUACCGAAUUACAGUGACAGCAGUCUCUCCUUGGGGCUUGGCCCCUGCCCCCCCAGUCUGGAGGUUCCGAGAGGAACUGGCGCCCCUAGCCGGGCCAGUGCUUUGGCGACUCCAGGAUGCCCCCCCAGGGACCCCCGCCAUAGCGUGGGGAGAGGUCCCAAGGCACCAACUCCGGGGCCUUCUCACCCACUACACCGUGUGUGUACAGAGCGGGACCAGGCCUUCUGUCUGCAUGAAUGUGAGUGGCAGCACCCGGAACAUCACCCUGCCCGACCUUCCCUGGGGUCCUUGUGAGCUGUGGGUGACCGCAUCCACCAUCGCGGGACAGGGGCCACCUGGUCCCAUACUCCGGCUUCACCUACCAGAUAACACCCUGAAGUGGAAAGUUCUGCCGGGUGUCUUUCUGCUGUGGGGCUUGCUCCUGACGGGCUGUGGUGUGAGCCUGGCCACCUCUGGAAGGUGCCUCCACCUUCGGCACAAGGUACUGCCCCGCUGGGUCUGGGAGAAGGUUCCAGAUCCGGCCAACAGCAGUUGUGGCCGGCCCCACAUGGAGGAGGUGCCACAGGCUCAGCCCCCCAGGGACUUCCCCAUCCUGAAAGUGGAGGAGAUGGAGCCACUACCGGUUCCGGAGCCCCCCCAGGCCCCCCCCGCAGCUGGACUCUGCUAUGAGAAACACUUCUUGCCCACCCCCGAGGAGCUGGGCCUUCUGGGCCCGCCCCGAGGUCCUGAGUUCUGGCCUGAACCGAGCCCAGGCCAGGAGAGGGGUGCCCAUUUGACAGAUGAAGACACUGAGGCUCAGAGAGGCUGAGUCCCUUGCCUGAGGACACCCAGCCCGGAAGAAGAGGUUGAAGGACCCCCUACAAAGGAGGGCCUGGCCCUCCCGGAAAUAUAUGGAUGGAGGAGGGAGCAAAGGACCAUGUAUGAAUGCAAGGCAGCAGCUCCGUCCCCCGAUCUGUCCCACGGCUAACUGUAGCUGGGCGCCCCGCUGCCCCCCUGCCCUGCAGCCAGGUGCAGCCCAGGUUCCUGCUGCUGGCGGACUGCAGACUGCGGGCAGGAGUGCCGCGGGCUGAGGCCCCGACAGGCCCCGACGGGGUCAGGGCUCCUCCGCACUCUCUCCCCUCGCCCACGGGCUGGAACACCAGUGUGCCCGCGAUCCAGCUCUAACCGGAGGGGACGGUGGAGCAAGAAGGGGAAAGGAACCUCAGGCCCCGAGGGACUGCGGGACUCUGAGCCACCCGGAGAAAUACUUUCACACUCGUAUAGCUCCUGAAGCUGGGGCACUUUGUCCAGCAGCCGCUCCUGCACUCAUACCCACUCCAUCUCCGCUGCCAGCAGGAGGGAAGCCCUUGCUUUCCCACCGGCAGGUGCUGAGCCGGUCCCGUGCCAGCAACACACACUCAAACUGUC